CCACUCUUUGUGUUAUGCUCUACCUCCCACAGAUUGAAGAUUGCAUCAGACUUUUAGAUCUUCAUAUCUAUUACUGUAAACACACAUAUUCAUAUAUACAUACCAGAUAUACCUGAAAAUAGUCCCAGGGAAAACUCCCACCUUCUAUUACAUUCUUGGCUAAAAUAGCUUGCUAUAAGCUAAGCUUGCCUAUAAUAUUAUAGCUAAGCUAGAUUGAGUUAUGGCUGCUACUGCUCUAGUGCUUAUUAAUCGUAACAAAAAAGAGGUUGAUGUUACUAGAUCUGAUAGUAUUGAUACCCUUAUAGUUCGUAUUGAAGACACAUUUCAGCUCGAGAAAGGCAGCAUCUCUCAUCUGCAGAUAUGGACUGAAAAGUUCGAUGACUACAAAGAUGUGGAAAAAUUUGAGGAGGUACAAAAUGGAUGCAGAAUAAAUGCAGUGCUAACUACGAGGAAACCAGUUUUUGUGCCGACUCCAGUUCCCCCUGAAGCUGAAGAGGCCCUACCAGAUUGUAAUAAACCUACAGUGAAUGUAUGUCAAACCUGCUUUGAGCAAGACCACCAAGAGGUGGUGCCUCAAGAUCAGAGAGCAGGAACAGCCGGGGGGAUCUGCCCACAUAACAAGCUGUGGAAUAAAACUGUCCUCAAGGUUUGCUUCCUGAACCCCAUAGAAACCUCUUGGUCCUGGACAUACAGUGGUUCCAAGUACCCUGUUUCUGGUGGUAAACGUGGGCAUAUGAUUGACACUAGUGACAUUCUCACCCUAGCCAACCUCUGGAACACCAAGCUGCCUCCUUUUAUUCCUCUGGAGAGGAAAGAAAAAGUACCCGCUUUUGUACCAGUUUUAACCGCAAUGGAUUCCGACAUUCGUGUGUGGUUUCAAAAGCCUGGUCAAUCCUGUACUAAAGUUGGUACAGAUGCUGAAACGGUUCCAAAAGGAGAGAAGGAGGAGAAUGCUACAAUAUGGCUGGAUCUGACUGGUGAUGACAGGUACAAGGAGUACCUAGUGAUGCACGAGUUUGGCCAUGCUUUAGGUCUGAAUCAUGAGCAUCAGCAAGCUUUUUUCUGGAACAACAUUGGAAAAUUUUUAAAAGAAGAGGAAAUGACAAAGUAUUUUGGCACCCAAUAUAAAAGGGAUGUUAAAACAAAUGAAGAUCUAGGAACAGGAUCUGAUUAUGACGCUGACAGUGUAAUGCAUUACUGGUUUGAUUCUGACUGGCUUAAGACUGAAUACGAUACCAAGGAGAAAGUGGAGCAGCAUCGUGGCAUCACUGACGAGGAAAGAAAAGCUCUGAUUGGCUUUUUUGAAAGGAAAAACAAGGGAUUGGCUGUGGAGAUUUCCAGUAUUGAUCACUCAUUCAUUGCAGACACUUAUUAUGAACAUCGGACUUUCACUACAACACCAACUGCAAAUGACUCGCUUGGAUCAGGAUCAGGCUCAGGCCCAGAUCAGCCACCCCUGCAGCCAGCUGCACCUUCCCAUGGGGUGCGAAUCGAACUCUCCCCCUCUCACAACAACACUCUAUGUGACGUAGUUGCAUAUAAUGGGUGGAACAUGUGGCAUAACAUCGGUAAUUAUCUGGGUUUGUCUGAAGUCAAUUUGGAAGCCAUUCUGGAAAAAAAUCAGUCGAACGUUGUGAGACAUUGUUUCCGUGAUAUGCUGCUGAAGUGGUUUGAAGAUAGUCCCUGCUACCUUGACACUUUCCUAAGUGCUCUCAGAUCAGAUACUGUGGGUCUAGACACCUUGUACUUAAAAGUCGAGAAAGCCAUUUUAAAAAUUGAGGGUGAUAACGAUAGGAAAAGAUCAGCUCAACAAAUGAAUGGUGCACUAGGGGAUCAAGGAAAUGGUGGACAACAAAGUGCCAAGAAAGCACGAAAGUGAUACGACUGACAAAUUUAAACUGAAAACGAUAUUUGUACUAAGCCUAUAAUAGCUAUAGUAACAUAAUAACAGCAGAUCCUUAUAGAUUAUAGUCAGUAUUGUCUAUUUUUGUACUAGUAUAAUUAUUACCUUUGCAACUAGAGCACUAAAGUGCAAACCCUCG